AUGAUUGAUAUCAACGUCAAUAACAUAUUCUUUAGAUCUUACUCGGUCGAUCCUAACUCUGGUCACGCGAUUUAUGUCUUUGAUUCGACUUAUUUGCCGGCAUCUGAUGAAAUUGGCGAUAAGCAAGUCUAUGACUUACUUAUUAAUGCCCUCAUGGAUCGAUUGGUAAUGAAGUUGCCACAGGCACCAUAUUCCCUGGUAAUUUUUUCAUCUGGGUUUUCCCAGCGAAAAAUAAGCUGGGUUUACGGUAUUAAAAUGUUUGCCAAGUUACCUAAAGAGACCAAGUACUAUUUACAAAAGAUAUUUAUUGUUCAUGAGUCAUUCUUCGUUAGAUCGGUCUAUCAGGUAGUUUCGAAUGCCAUGAACUUUAACUUCUUGGACUCGAAAGAUAGUCAGCAUGAUUUUCCAAGUUUGGUUCAUGUCUUGGAUCUGACUUCUUUAUCCGAACUAAUAGAUAUUACGCGACUUAGGAUAUCGUUGAACGUGUACUUAUAUGAUUACCAGAUACGUGAACAUAUAAACGUUCCAGAAGAAUAUUAUAACAGGUUGACCCCCCUGGCAAUAAGACAGUAUAGGCAGUUGGUAUUUGAUAAAAUCUUCAAGAAAUUACAAAGCGAAGCUUUGCUGUGCGAAUUGAUAUUCCAGAAGCCAGGAAACUAUAAAAAGGUAAACAUUUUUUUGGAUAUUAUUAAGAGAAACAACUACAUUGAUUUGUCUCAAUGGGACAUUUAUUCGUUGGCAUCCGUGUGGUUGAAUUACUUUAUCAAAAAUAAGGCCAAACCUUUGAUCCCGAUUGAAUUAAUUCCGUUACCAAUUGUUGAUGAUCUGAAGUUCACAAGCGAAACGUUCCGCAAAAUUAUUAAAUUUAACCAAUAUCACGACCUUUUUAUGGUCAUAUUUCCUUUUUUUAAUAGGAUCAUAGCGCACGGUGAAGUGACUAAACAUGAUUCAAGAACCUUGAGCAAAGCCUUAACUCCGGCGUUAUGUAAGGAAAAACUUUCCAUUAUGACUAACGAUCGUUUGGCUAUUGGAUCGAGAUAUAUUAAGAAUCUAUUGGACUUUUUCCCCGAAAUUACAAAGGAAAUAUCAUCACCUUUGUCAUCCGUAUCGUCGUCUACUACCAUUCCUGUUUUACCUAAACCAAGGAAGUCGUCACCAACCAGAUACAGUGAACUAGGUUGUUUAACCCUUCCCAGAAGUAGAAGCCCUAGCCCACAAAGAUCUGUUACGUCUCCAAUGUAUACACCUGUUGCAUUACAAAAUACACCAGUUUUGAAACCCAAGUCAUCAAACAGAAAUGUUUCAUCCCCAUCAUUCAAUACCAAACCCCCCCCUCCUAUUAAAGUGAUUACACGACCACAAUUGUCUCUAACCUCCAGUCCUAAUACCGAUCUGACUCUAGCUUCUUCUACAGAUACGUUAUCCUCGCCAACAAAGACCGCGUCAGCCGACUCACUUCCAUUGAGUAAUAGCAGCACCGAUUUAACGAUAUCGGAUACUAUUAAAGAAAUGGUUAAGGACGAGCCAGUGAAGGACAAAAGUUCUGCGGAAACAGAUAUAUUUGUUCAACAAUUUGAAAGUUUAACACUUGUCCAAAACGCAAAGAUCAAGAAAUUCGACAAAGAAUUACAGGAAAAGAAGAAGAAAAAUGAAACUACUUCGAAGACAGCAGAUAAAUUCUCUCAGAAGGGAUAUUCGGAUAUUAAAGCAGGCAACAAGGUUAGCAGGCUAGCUGCAUUGUACGAAGAACGUUUACAAGGUUUACAAGUAAUGAAUGAAAUGAAACAAAAGUGGUAA